GCACGUACUGUAGUCAAGUUAUUUCUUGCUCUAAAACUCCAGAAAAAUGGACUGGUUCAUAGCAGUACGCUAAUCGCCCAUCCGUACCGCAUAGACUCUCUCGAUUGGAUUGUACUGUUGGUUCCACCAGGUCCACUCGGAAGCCGCUGGUCAGCAAUGCUAAGAUCAGCCUUGCCGUUCGUGUUCCAAUUCCCGCACAGGAAACCGCCCCCAAUCCGCCCACGCCCACCACCUGUUCGUCGCUAUGCCUCCCCCCCAGCCGCCGCCGGCUCCGUCCCACCGCCGCUCCCUCCGUCCUCCGCCUACGUCCACCUCCCAUUCUGCCGCAAGCGCUGCCAUUACUGCGACUUCCCCAUCGUCGCGCUCGGCUCCUCCUCUCCCUCUCCCCGGGGCGAGGCCGAGGACCCACGGAUCGCCGACUACGUGCGCCUCCUGCUCCGGGAGGUGGCCGCCACGCGCGCCGUGUCCGACGACGGCGUCCCUCUCGAGACCAUCUUCUUCGGCGGCGGCACGCCGUCGCUGGUCCCGCCGAGGCUCGUGGCCGCGGUGCUCGACGCGCUGCGCGGCAAGUUCGGCCUGUCCGCGUGCCCCGAGGUGUCCAUCGAGAUGGACCCCGGCACCUUCGACGCCGCCAAGCUCAGGGAGCUGGUCGGCGUGGGCGUCAACCGGGUGUCGCUCGGCGUGCAGGCGUUCCAGGAGGACCUGCUCCGAGCCUGCGGCCGCGCGCACGGGCUGGCUGAGGUGCGAGAGGCCGUCGGGAUCGUGACCGGGUGCGAGGGGCUCCAGAACUGGAGCAUGGACCUCAUCUCCUCGCUGCCCAACCAGACCGAGGAGAUGUGGGAGGAGAGCUUGAGGUGCACCAUCGAUGCCCGGCCCACGCAUGUCUCCGUCUAUGACCUGCAGAUCGAGCAGGGCACCAAGUUUGGCCAAAUGUAUACUCCUGGUGUAUAUCCUCUUCCAAACGAGACCGACUCUGCAAACUUUUACAAGAUGGCUUCCAAACGGCUUUCUGAAGCAGGAUAUAAACACUAUGAGAUCAGUAGCUACUGCAGGACUGGCUAUGAGUGCAAGCACAAUCUAACAUAUUGGCAAAACCGACCAUUCUAUGCGUUUGGUCUUGGAUCGGCAAGCUACAUCAAUGGUGUCAGGUUCUCCAGGCCCAGAAGAAUGAAAGAAUAUGCAGAUUGGGUUCAGAAGCUGGAAGACGGAACUUGGUGCCAUGAGUCUAUCACCUCUGAGAUGAAGGACAUGGCAAUGGACUCGGUGAUGCUAUCACUAAGAACAGCUUGGGGGCUGGAUCUGCAUAGUUUCAGUAAAUCCUAUGGAAAGAAUCUGACACUAUCUUUGUGUAGUAUGUUUAGGCCUUUUGUAGAGAGUGGGCUUGUGAUUGCGAUGGACGCGGAGCGACAAGCCCUGCACCCUAGUGAGUUUGAGUUGGAGUUGGAUUCAGAAAACAAGGGUGAGACUGGUAGCAGGGUUGCCUUCAUCCGCCUGAGUGACCCAGAUGGAUUCUUAUUGUCCAAUGAGUUGAUCUCACUUGCUUUUGGGAUUAUUUCACCAUAAGAGGGGUUUGCUCUUCAGUUGUUUUGAUUAUCUGACCAAAUUGACAUGUACUGAUCUAUUUUGAGUUUGGUUUGAUAGGCAGAGGUUAUCCUGAGACGCAUACCAUUUUUGUCCAGAACUUGCAGAUGGAUGUAAAUUGGAACAGUUAUUAGUCUCGAGAGAAGUAUUACAUCUA